UUUUAUUGGGUUUGAUUUGGAUUUAUAUCAAAUCGAAAUCAAAACCAAACUUUCACCGCUGCUUUCAGUCUAACACCUCUAUUUUAGUGUCUCCUUCCUCCGUGAUCGUGGUGGCCGAGGAGGAAAACGAGUGAACUCAGCAAAACAUAAAACGUGGAAGUAUUAGGCCAACGCAGGAUGUCUACUCAGACUCUCCUCUCAAUUCUGUUUCCUGUUCUAACCGCUCUGAGUUUUUUUUUUUUUUGAAAUGAACAGCUCUGAGUUUGCGACUGUCUUAGUUUCUCAAAUUUUUUAACUCCACAUUCAGUUGCGCAUUUCGUCGAACAACUGGAAUCUAAGAGCAAACCACACACAACACAUUCUCUCUUUGUUUGAUUCCUCAAUGAGAUUUACCGCUGCGAUUCUCCGUUACCAUCGCCAUGCAACAUUUGGUUCUAAGGCAUUGGCGAGGACAUGGAGUUGUUUAUCAUUGCGAGGAUGGAAUUGUCACAGAGUUAAUGAAGAUAUUCAGUUUGCAUCGAUUCUGCUCCAGAUGAGAGUAUUUUCUACUAGCCUUAAUAGCGUGCAUGGAGAGAGGCCAUCUGCUGAAUAUGCAAAGCAGAGGAAACAAUCGUUAGAGGAAGAAUUUGGACAUGUAUUGGGGACCUACAGCUCCAGAAGUGUUUCUGUAGUUUAUCGGUUUGGGCCAUUCCUGGCCUUAUUCCGAGCUGCAGUUAUCUCCUACUAUGUGUUGAAGUUGUCUGUAUGGCAACUUUUUGUUGAUGAUAUCCACAAACGUGCCACGAAGUUUUGCGAAACACUAAUUCGAUUGGGGCCAUUUUAUGUGAAGCUUGGGCAGGCUUUGAGCACUAGACCAGAUAUAUUACCAACCAUAUACUGCCAAGAGCUUUCAAAAUUGCAGGACCAAAUUCCUCCUUUUCCAACAUCUGUUGCAAUGAGAUCCAUAGAAUCUCAGUUGGGUGUUGGAGUUUCAGAAAUCUUUGCUGAUAUCAGUCAGCAGCCUAUUGCUGCAGCUUCUUUGGGCCAGGUUUAUAAAGCUCAUUUGCAUUCUGGAGAGCUGGUAGCUGUGAAGGUGCAGAGGCCUGGUAUGUCAUUGUCAUUGACUCUUGACGCAUUAUUGUUUCACAUGAUUGGAGGCCAAUUAAAACGUUUUGCUAAGGCUCGCAAGGAUUUGUUAGUUGCAGUAAAUGAGAUGGUGAGGCACAUGUUUGAAGAGAUAGAUUACAUCUUAGAAGGAGAAAACGCAGAGCGAUUUGCAUCUUUGUAUGCUUCUUAUCCUGAUACAGCUGGGAAGUCUCACACAUAUGGAGGUCAAGGCCUUGUUAGAGUUCCAAAAAUAUACUGGAAGUACACUCGUAAAGCUGUCCUAACAAUGGAAUGGAUUAAUGGAACCAAGCUUACUAAUGAGGAAGCAUUGGCAAAGCUUCAUUUAAAGCGUAAGGAACUUGUUGACCAGGGACUGUAUUGCUCUUUGAGACAGUUGCUUGAGGUGGGAUUUUUUCAUGCUGACCCACAUCCAGGAAAUCUAGUUGCUACAGACGAUGGCUCCCUAGCAUAUUUUGACUUUGGAAUGAUGGGAGAUAUUCCACGUCAUUAUCGAGUUGGCCUAAUUCGAGUGCUUGUGCACUUUGUUAAUCGUGAUUCACUGGGUCUCGCAAAAGACUUUUUAUCUCUGGGGUUUCUUCCUGAAGGGGUUGAUAUCCUAUUGGUUUCUGAUGCUUUGCGAGCUACCUUUGGUGAUGGGACCAGGCAAUCUCAAGAUUUUCAGAGCAUAAUGAACCAGCUAUAUGACGUGAUGUAUGAGUUUAACUUCUCCCUUCCUCCUGAUUAUGCCUUGGUGAUAAGAGCACUAGGGUCCUUGGAGGGGACUGCUAAAGCUUUGGAUCCAAAUUUUCAAGUGGUUGAAAGUGCAUAUCCCUUUGUCAUUGCUAGGCUUUUGGCAGAUCCAAGUGCUGAUAUGAGGAAAAUUCUUAGGGAAUUGCUUAUUUAUAAUGAUGGGUCAAUAAGGUGGAAUCGUCUUGAACGUUUGAUUGCAGCUAUAUCAGAAGAAGCUUCUGACUCUGCUGAGCAGCAUAACAAUUUCAGAUGGAAAUCUUUCAACAUGCGAUCUGUCGUUGCAGCCACAGAAGAUUUGUUCUUAUUUAUCCUAUCUGAAAAAGGAUCUAGGGUGCGUAUGCAUCUUACAAGGGAUGUACUCAAAGCAAUAGAUGCAUUCUUAAAGGAGGCGGUAGGUGCUCAGAACUCAAGUGAGGACUCAACAUCUGAGGGCCAGACGACAAGGGUAUCGAACGGCUUCAAGUAUUUCUGGCAGGCAGUGAAGAAGUCUCCAGAAGCUUGGAUGUCUAUGCUAGCUCGCUUGUGCUUAAAACCAGAGUUCCACAUGUUCAUUUUUGAUAUAGUUUUGGUCUCGACGCAACAUUCUAGUCGUAAAGUGCCUGAGACUCUUUGGAUAAGUAUUUCUAACUUACUUCACAGUUUGGUAGAUAGAUCCAAAUCUUAACCAGGAGUAUGAGAUGCUUAAAUGGCUGAGACUCUAGAAAAACUAGGGUAUGCAAUGUAUAUAGAAACAAUAUGUGUAGUUUAAAGCAAUUUAAGCCAAUAAAACUAGACUCUGAGCUUAAUAUAGAUGACAUUUUUUUCACUUUAUUAAUAUUCUAUCAAAUGUAAUCAGAGUAUUAUUUCAUGGUUGGUUGAUAGGCGUAAAAGGGUACAUAAAUGGUGCCUUUCUAUA